AUUUCCAAAUACAUGUCAUCAUAAUCGCAAGCUUUAUUAUCCACAGCUGACUCUGUCAUCUAUCUUCACCGGUACCAUGCCCGCCUCCGCUGCAACUACUACUGCUGCUCCCGCUUUCAACCGCCAACUUGAAGUCGUGGAAAUAGCCAGCAUGCUCACUUUACAAGCUCCCAGCGCGGACGAUCCUUUCGACCUGCUGGAGGCAUGGGGACGCGACAUUGCACUAUUUUUUACUUGCCUCCACACUGAAGACCACAACAAGGUGUUACUCACAGUCAAAUUCAGGUUGCCAACCUCCUCAGGACCUUCCAAGACCAGUUGGACGUGCGUCGGCAUAUUCCUUGGCUGUCUUGGGGCCGCCGCUGGCUUCCGCUCACUGUCGAGGCUUCGACAGCAUCACUGCGGGCAUUUAUCGCUCUCGCUCGCUCCCAGCAGUCGCCACCUGCCGUUACGAGACCCGCGACUCUGCCUGAGCCUUCCAACAUCAACAAAGAGUCGAUGAAUUCCGCUGACGUGGGUGAUGGUGAGAAGCAUCCUGUGCGCCGCAUGUCUCGGGUCAAACAUCAUCGAGAGGACGUGACGCAAGUCACCGCAAUG